AUGACGGGCGGAUCUGUGGUUGCGGAAUUACUGAAGCACCCUCAUCUAUAUCAUGUCCGGGCCAUUACACGUAACACCUCCAAGCCUAAGGCCCAGAAGCUCGCUGCUCAGGGAGUUGAACUCUUCUGCGCCGACUUGGAGGGUGGCAGAGAGGCUCUAACCGCGGCCUUCGCUGGUGCGGAUGUGAUCUACGCUCUGACUGACUUCUGGCAGAAGCAGUCGGCAGCAGCUGAGAUUGAACAGGGUAAGGCGAUUGCGGAUGCUGCUGCCGAAAUCACGACGCUGCAGCACUUCAUCUGGAGCGCUUUGCCAGACCCUGUUGCCCUAUCCAACGGCCAAUUCCUGAAUGUGCAUCACUGGAAGGGUAAGAGUUUGAUUACCGAGUAUAUCCAGACCCAGAAACCGGACCUGUGGGCAAAGACGACCACCGUUCUUUUCCCCAAUUACUUUGAGAACACCUUGACCGAUCCCCAGCGGUAUCUGCCUGUCAAGGACGCCAAUGGCACCUACAAUCUCAGGUUCCCGCACAGCCCGCACACGGUUCUGCCCAAUGUGGCCAUCGGUGAUACCGGCAAGCUGGUGCACCUGGUCCUCGAAGCUGGCUCCACCUACUUCACCAAGACCAUCGCCUUCUGGGCUCAGGCGUUGUCUGAGGCCGACAAGCUCGCUGAGUUGGGCUCCUGCUACAAUGUUCCGACUCACUAUCACGCGUCCAGCUCUAGCGAGUUCCAGCAGCUUCUCAUGACUCGGGACGGCAUGUCGGCGGACAUUGCUUUGGACUUCACCGAGCAGUUGCUGAUCUUUGAAAAGUGCGGAAAUGUCUACGCACGGGAGGAGUUUGUGCAAUCCAAGGAUACAAUAAAAUACGAGGCCCUUUUCGGUUGGGCUCGUGUCCAUCAUUCAAAUCAUUGCAAGGUAUUAUUAGACGCCGAGAUGCGCCGUAAAUGGCUGCACGAUGCCCACUAUGAGUAUACGCACACCUUUGUAUCUAUCGAAAUCCCCGUAAUAAUCAGAAGACUCCUGGUAACCAGGUGUAAUUGCGAUGAAAGCUCAAACCAGCAACCUACUCAAGCAGCCAUUAUUUCCCCAUUUUUAUGGUUACGGUGGAGCUGCCAAGAGCUUAAAACGGCACGACUCCGAUUAUUAAGCGGAUUCGCGCCUCUGUGGGCCCUUGAGACACAUCACGAUCUCUUGCAGUCUAUGCUUGCCCACUUGCAUUCCACUCAAGCGCUGAGCCAGCGUGAAUUUAUCGGCGACGAACAAAACGACGGCCGAAACCUAGACGAAGAGCAUGCGACUCCUGUUCCAAGAAAAAGCAACCGAGUGAUUGUCGCCACACCCGACACACCUAAGGCGGUGAUCCCCAACAUUGCGGAUGGGCCGCAAGACCUACUUGCCCGCCCGUCAUCCCAGGUCGCUGACUCCACGAGGUCGUCGAGGAUUGGAAAUACGUUCCUCAACAAUGUCACCUACCUAAGGGGGCACCAUGUAUUUUCAAACGAAGGCCAGAGGUGGAUUGAAUCUCAGGUUGGGGAAAGCGUCAACUUUGAUAAGUUGUUCUCUCUGGAGCUCCGUUGGCUGAAGCCACUUCGAUCGUAUACGGUCCCUGGGGCGAACCCCCCUGCCGGUCCGCAGCUUCCAAGUAGAGUUAGCGUGGAAAGAUAUGUGCAGAUAUACGGCUCAUCAUCCCAAAGUCUUGUCUUCCCGGUCAUCAGCCAGCCCGUCUUUGGCAAAACACUGGACCUUGCCUACAGUCAUCUCCAGCUUCCUGGUUCUAACAGCGCUAAAUCAUGCGUCUAUGCCUUCCUCUCACUUAUUUCCCUGUUUGGCAUGGAUGACAACAUCCACGGUGCUAUGGACUGCCAGUCUUAUGCAUCAGUGGCACAGAGCUUUCAGAUCCCGGUGAUUGAGGAGAUGACAGUCGACGGGUUGCAGACAUUGAUCAUGCUGGUACAAGUUCAAUACUUUCUGGGAGAUCUUCAGUCAGCAGCGGCGACAUUGUCUAUUGCCACGCGUCUUCUGUACACACUGGAAGCCCAUACCACCCCCACCAAUAAGCCCUCUACCCCGUAUGAUAAAGGUGAUUUGAGAUGUCACCUACGUGAUCUCUUCUGGCUCUGCUACUCCUUUGACAAAGACAUAUGUCUGAGAACGGGCCAGCCACCUUGUAUAAACGAUGCACAUUGUGACCUUACCAUGCCUCCUGAUUAUGUGCGACUGCAUGAUCUCAAUCUCCAACAGAGUUUGCCACAGGUCGACGAGCAUCUGGUUCCACUUUUCCCAUGGGAUCUCCGUCUCUCAAUGCUCAAAUCAAAAGUGUACGAGGAUCUUUGA